AUGUUGAAUGGAAAAAUAAACUUGUCAAAGGAUAGUUCAAGGAACGUAAAUGAGCCCAAAAAAAGGGUUCUUCGAUCAAAUAAAAGUAGUGAAAAUACUACUAAUCUGUCUUUGUUUAACUUUGAAAAUGUGAAUACCUUGAUAUUUAAACAAGAACCAAUCACGGUAUCUUCUGGCAAAUCAUACGAAGACCUCUAUAAGUCCGGAAAUGACGUUGAAGUGCCAGAGGUCUCCAAAAUAGCCAAAUGCAUUAAUUUGAAAAUCGUUGACAAUAUCUUACCCCGAAGAUCCAAGCAUUUUGAAGACCCAUUGCCUGAUAGCAUUUAUGAAGCAUUCCACAAUAGGCUGAGGAAAGAAGAAAAGUCAAUGGUAAACACUGAGCGUUCGCGAAUGUUAACAGAAGUAGAUAAUCUCAAAUCACUGUUAAUGCUUCUUGAUCUGUAUGAUUGGGAAAAAUAUUUGCCUAUGAUAACAGUAGUUAGAAAUUCCCGAGAUAUUAAUGAACUAGAGUCUAAGAAAGAGCUCACAAUAGCCGAAAUAAAGAAACUCUUACAAAAAUACGCUGAUUGGAAAAAAAGACAUGAAAAGCUCACAAAUGAAAUGAGAGCAUUUGAGAAAAAAGAGCCGAAUGACACUGAAGACCAAGAUUAUGGGAUGUCAUUGGAAGACCUUAGGUCCAAAAGAUUAUUAGAAAGAAGAAAAGAAGUUGGACCUCGAAUAAAAUUGAACCUCAACAAUGGGUAUACUCUACUCAUUGACCCAUUGGUAGCUCCAAAAAUAAUUUUGACGAAUCAAGUAGAUUCAUCUUCUAAAAUAAAUUCGCCUCUUGGUAAAGAGCAAAAUAGAUUUGCUGCAGUAAAAGAAAAUGUACUUUCAAGAAAAAGAAAAGGUCACUAUAUAAGAAGCGGAAAAGGCCAAAAAUUUAACAUCAUAAAAGCAGAGGGAAUUAAGAAUAAAGAAAAACUAGAUUUGAAGUUCGAUUUAGAAAAGGGUAUUGCAUUCGGUAAACAUUUACCAGAUUUAGGACAUUCCUACACAGACUUUGAAAUAGAUCGGCGUUGGAGACAUCAAGCAAACAAAUGGCUCGAUGAAAGAAAGAAAUUGAGGAGAAAAUUAAAAGAAGGUUGA